AGUUCGUAUUCUCGUCGAGGCUAAGUCCAGACCAUAAGGGUAGAAGGUCACUGCUUUUCUCGUUUCCAAAUUACCGGUACUCGUCCGUGAGUAGCGAUCACAAGUUUCUACUACCGCUCAUCGCCGUCUACGUCCGGGUUCAGAGCUAGAGAUGUCUAACGUACGCAAUAUUACAGUGCCGUGGGUGCCUCUCGAUGAAUUCGAUUGGUCGUUUGCACGUAGCGGACCUCUCCCUUGGAACUUAACUGUUUGGUCCAUCAUAGCAGUUUUCACUGCUUUACCGAUUUGGACGACCGUCGAGCUCACAUUCUGGGUCUUCUACACUUUCGAGAGAUGGAGUGGGGCGUACUUUUACUCAGUUCUGGGAACUACUUGGGGCGUGACGAUCCACGCUGUUGGUUUUGUCCUUAAGUUCUGCGUGCCCGAGGUGAACUGGGUCCUGAGUACGGUGCUCUCCGAGAUUGGCUGGGUCGCCGAAGUUUGCGGCUUCAGCCUCGUCCUGUGGUCAAGACUCCACCUAGUGAUUCCCGGGCACACCAAGCUCCUGCGCUAUGUCCUCGCCAUGAUCAUUAUCGACGAGUUCUUAAUCGGUGUACCGACUAUCGUGUUCCAAUUUUUGGUAUCGGGUCCGGCCACACAUGACAAAUACGUCCCACAUAUGGAGAUCAUGGAGCGUGUACAGAUCAUGUGGUUCUCUGUCCAAGAAACAAUCAUCUCGGGCAUAUAUGUGUGGGGCACCAUGCAGAUGCUAAAGCUGUCGCUCAACACUAAGGCCAGGACCACGCUGGCAUUUCUCAUCAUCGUGCAGGUGCUCGUUGUGCUAGCUGACGUGCUCGUCACCGUACUCGACUACCUUCAAUACUAUACUCUCAAGGCGGUGCUGCACUCGUUCGUUUAUGCCUUCAAGCUCCAAGUUGAAUUCGUAGUCUUGAACGAAUUUAAACAAAUGGCAAAGGGAGGCAUGACCGGUGGCAAUGGAUCGCUUGGGAUAGGGUCCGCCGGCUUUUCGAUAUUCAACAAUAACAACGUCGCCCUAGAUAUGCCUAAGACCGGCGGCGGCAGCACCGCGCAUAACAACUCCGGCGUGACUGUGGUAGGGUCCGCCCAGGGAUCGCCAUCGUCGAGGGCGACAGGGUCGGACACCUCCAGGGCGCAGGACGGGCAUGCUGCACAGGAGCCCGACGCCCUCGAGCUACAAUACCUAGGAAGGUACGGAAGGGCUAUGUAAUUUUAUUCCGUUUUGAUAUGGCAUUUCUAGCAGGACUUUUUUUGGA